GGCUGCUGGCGGCGUCGCGGCGCCAUGGCGCUGCUGCUCGAGUACGAGUUCAAGGCGCUGCCGGCCGACAAGCAGAUCGACACGGAGCCCUUCCUGGAGGCCGUGGCGCACCUGCCGCCCUUCUUCGAUUGCUUGGGGACGCCCAUUGUGUAUGCGCCAGUCAAAGCUGACCUCACUGGGAACAUUAAGAAAAUACGAGCUGUUUACGAAUCAAACCCAACCAAGUUCAAAACGCUGCAGAACAUCUUGGAGGUGGAGAAGGAGAUGCAUGGAGCGGCUUGGCCAAAAGUUGGGGCAACCUUGGCACUCAUGUGGCUGAAAAGGGGCCUGAAGUUCAUGCAAGUUCUGCUGCAGAGCCUGUGUGAAGGCGAGAGGGACGAGGAGAACCCAAACCUCAUCCGGGUCAAUGCCACCAAAGCCUAUGAGUUGGCACUGAGGAAGUACCAUGGCUGGAUGCUACAGAAGCUGUUCUUGGGCUCUGUGUAUGCUCUCCCUUACAAAUCGGAUUUGCUGAAAGCCCUGGAAAAAGGCAAAGAGGUGAAGGAAGAGGAGACCUUAGAGAAGAUCCACCAGUUCCUCUCCAAGGCGACACCCAUCCUGGACGCAAUCUACGAAAUGUACACAAAGAUGAAUGCUGAACUGAGCUACAAGGCUUGACCAAGCUGCCUCCCUCUGCCCCACCUUGGCCAAGAAGGCCUCCCACCCACUUCCUUCAGCAGAUGUUCUCCUGGUCAGUGUGAGCAGCCCCUCCGGCUGGGUCUCAACCUCCGGAGAAGCUCAACUUAGAAAUGCUUUUCUACCGAAA